UGCAAGAACUGAAUGUUUAUCUAAGAUUUUCGUGAGAAAAAUUCUUUGUUUAACGUUUAUGAAACGUUAAACGAAUAUACCAAUUCAUUUCAUAUUUAUCAUGUUAUAUAUGUAUAUGUAUUUAUUAUUCAUCCUGUGUGAAAUUAAAUCUUAAGUUAUCAGUUUGCAAACGAAUUGCUAUCAGAUGUGCAAAUGAAAACAUAUGUAAAAAUAAAUAUUAAACAUGUAUUUUGAAAAUAUAUCAAAGUUUGGAGAGAUGUCAAGAAUUGAUAUAAUGAUGAUAAUCAUUAUAAAUUAAUAAACAUUCGGAAAUUCCGACGCACGAAUCAACAAUGUUGCAAAAGAAACAAUCAAUAAUUGUAGGAAUUUUUGUAUUAUUAUUAUUACUCCUUUUCUAUAAAAAUAUAGGAUGGAUAUGUUUUUAUGGCAUACUAACAAUACCUUGUGGAUUAAUUGGACCAUCAAUGAUUAUUUUGAUUCAUAUUGCCUUAUCUCCUAAACAUCAAACUGGUGGUGGAACAUCAAAAACAACUGUUGAAUUAGAUGCUUUCCGUACAGUUUUGAUGAAAGGCUAUGAACCCAAAACUAUUUCUGCGCGAAAACAAUCAAAAUAUCCACUGAUUUUUAGUCGGCCUGUUGAUGGAGCACUUCAAAAUCUUUUAGAUUUAGCAUUUCGUGAUUUUGUGGGCACUUGGCUUGAAGAUUUAUCACUUUAUGCUGAUGAGAUUAUUCAGAAUAUGAAACAAGAUGUUUGGGGAGCAAUACAAAGCUUUCAUGAUCGGCUAUCUCGAAUUGAUUAUACAAAACUUGUAGCAUGUAAUAUGGUUAAUAAAGUGACAUUUCAUUUUGAAAAAAUUAGAAUAGCACAAGAAGCUGCGACCGAAGGAGAAGAUCCGGUAUUUAUAUUAUCAUCUCAUCUUAUGUCUAAAUCUGCUGAGCUAAAUUAUCUCAGGCAAAUCAGUGAACUUUGUAUUAUAUUUUUCUUACCAAAAAGUUAUUCAUUAUCACCAGCUAAAUAUCUAUUACGAGAAAUUAUUACUUGUAAAAUUCUUAAACCUGCCAUUGAUCUAAUUACUGAUCCAGAUUAUAUUAAUCAAAAAAUUUUGCUGUAUAUUGAACAACAACAACUUGCUGAAGCUAUGCAUAGAAAAACUUAUGAGUAUGCGGAAUCAUUUGAAGACUUUAUUAGAAUGAUAAAGGGCUCUAGAGAUUUAGAAGUUCUUAAACAUAUUCGAUAUAAUAUUGUGACUGAAAUAAUGCAAGCCACAACUAUUCAAAAUGUCAAAAGAGCUCAAGGAUUGGACUCAGAAAAUAGUUCUUUUAAUAAAUCUGAUAUGGUUCAGGCUAAAAAAUUAAAGAGAUAUAUCAGUCAAUUGACUUAUGCUAAAAAUAUAUGUGAAUGUCACAUGCAAUCACUUGGUUGGGAUGGUUAUCCAAUUCAGGAUAAUAGUGAAAGUGAUCUAAUAUUAUCUGAAGGGCGAAUUCUAUCACUUCAGGUUAUUCUAGAUAGUGUAAUUGGACGUAGGUAUUUAUCUCAAUUUCUAGAACAGGUAGCUAGUCAAGGAUUACUUGGAUACUGGGCUGCAGUGCAAGAAUUACGAAAUGCUGAUAAAUUAAAUUGGCAUCAAUUAGGUGCAGAGAUAUUUUAUACUUAUAUUAGAUCUCCUACUGCUGAGAUUAAAGUAGAUAAAAAUGUGAGAAAACGAAUGGAAGCUUUUUUGCUUGGUGAUAAAGGGCCUGGUGUUUUUUAUGAAGUUCAAGAAGAUGUCGUUAAAAUUCUACAAGAAAAAUAUUAUUCAUCUUUCAUAGUCAGUGAGCAGUAUAAAAAGAUGGCUGAAGAGUUAUUGAAUGAAAGAGCUGAUGGAUUAGUGGAAGAUCGACAAAUUGAAAGUGUCAUUUCAGAGAAUCCUUCUCUAUUGGUUACUGAACAUUCAAGUUAUGCUAGGAGUAAAUUAGAUCAAUUACAAGAAAAAUUAAACAAUAAAAUGCAAGCUUUACAAGCACUUAAAUCUUCACUUAAACCUGAAAGUAAAGUUCUCAGAAUUCUUGCUAAAGAAGUUGAUUGGCUUCAAGGUGAAAAACGACAACUAGAAGCUCAUUUGACACAUACAGAAAUGUGGGCAGAACACUUAGGAAAGUGGCGAGCUGAUGUUCAGAGUGCUGAAAUACCAGAUAAUGGUGAUCCACCUCAUUUUACUCUAGUUGUUCAUAUGGCUCAAGAUGAUGGAAACGCUGAGAGUAUUUCAACAGGUUGGGUUGUUUUUAGAAAACUACCUGAAUUUCAAGAUCUUCAUAAGAAACUUCGACAGCUUUGCUCUGAUGUAAAACAUCUUGAAUUACCAUCUCAACCACUCAAAUUUUUUGGAAAAACCGACAAAACUGCUUUAGAUAAAGCAAAAAUGCAAAUUCAAAAAUAUUUAAAUUUUAUUUUGGAAGAUGAUAAAUUGAAUCAAAGUGAAGCUCUUUAUGCUUUUUUGAGUCCUAGUUCUGAACAUUUAAAACAUACAACUCCUUCUCCAAAAAAAUCAAGAUUUUCAUUAUCUACACUUUUUAAAACCAAUUCAGGAAGUAGUGGAGAUUCAAAAGAUAAAGAAGAAGAAGAUGACUAUUCAUUAUUACUAGAUGAUUCUGAUUCUGGAAGAUCUAUUGCUGAUGGGUAUCUAGGGCCUGGAAAAGAUGCAAUUGCUGAACCACUUUAUUCAUUUAUCGGUGAAAUAUUUGACCUUCGUGGCGUUUUUAGAUGGCUAAGAAAAUCUUUGAUUACUUUUGUUCAAAUUACUUAUGGGCGUACUAUAAAUAGACAAGUAUGUGAAACAGUUGCUUGGCUAUUUUCUGAACCAAUGAUCCAUUAUUAUAUUCAAUUAUUUAUAAAGUCUUGGUGGCCAAAUGGUGAAAUUGCACCGAGUCCAUUUCCACGUACAGAUGAAGAAAAACUUAAAACUCGUGGUGAAGCCAGAAGACAACUAUUAAAUAAUUUACCUGAAGUACUGUCAAGUCUGGUUGGCUCACAAAGUGCUCAUCGGGGUGCUACUAAAGUUUUUGAUACUCUGCAAAAUGUUAAAUUAAAUAGACAACUAUUUUAUGAUAUAUUUGAAGUUUUGCUGUAUGAAUUAUUUCCAGAAUUGCAUCACAAAUAACUCAUAUUGUGAUAGAAAUUGAGUUAUUUAUCAAAUAUAUGUAACAGAUAAAAACUUGAGUUUUUAUCUUUCAAAUAUGAUACCAAAAACAGGGUUGAUAUGUGCUAAUUUUAUAUUUCAUUAUAAUACAAGGGAAUAUUUUUAUUUAUUGAUCAGUAUUAUACUAUAUCCUUUGAGCCAAAUUUUUAUUCAAAGACCUGAAAUUAAUAAAAAUGAUUAUGUACCAACUUAAGACUGUCGUUUAAAAGAAAUAGGUGCUUGAUUUUUAUGUAAAAUAUUAUGGUAACAUUCAAAAUAUGCCCAGAGUAAUUUUAAAAAUUUUAAUGAUAAAACAAGUACCAUAAUAUUUUACAAAAAUUUAAUUUUUAUUGUGAGACAAAAAAAUCUA